ACUUGCAAUGACAUCUAGAAUAUCGGCUCUCCAAAUAAACGCAUCUCAGCCGUUUUGUGUAUGGGUUGAUGACUCGUUCUUUUGUUUUACUAACUUCUUUGAGUGGGAAUAAACUUGUGCGUUUUUGACGUACAUGCUGCUGUAUAUUCAUAGCGGAUCCCUUUUCCAGCGGAGACAGUGCGGUUGUCCAGAGUGCCCUAUCUCUUUAACGGGAUUCACACACCAGCUAUAUUUCAGUUCUGUAUUUCAGCAAUGAACACUGCUCUACUGUACCGUGAGGAUUCUUUAAAGGAAUAACCCGCAUACCUGGGGAUAUCAUGGAAAAAUAAGAGUAAAUUACAUUUAUUCAGGUGUAGCAGUCACAGGUUGUGAUUCAGGAUGCCACUGGUGAAGCGGAGUAUCGAGCCGCGUCACCUGUGUCAUACGGCUCUACCGCGCAGCAUCAAAAAUGAACUGGAGUGUGUGACCAACAUCUCACUCGCCAACGUCAUACGACAGCUGAGCAGCCUCAGUAAAUAUGCUGAGGAUUUGUUCGGCGAGCUCUUUAAUGAAGCUCACUCGUUCUCGUUUCGAGUGAACUCGCUGCAGGAGAGAGUCGACCGCCUGUCAAUCAGUGUCACUCAACUCGACCCGAAAGAAGAGGAGUUGUCUCUUCAGGACAUCACGAUGAGGAAGGCGUUUCGCAGCUGCACCAUUCAAGACCAGCAGCUGUUUGAACGCGAGUCGCUGCCGAUACCGAUGCAGGAGACGUACGAAAUCUGCGAACAACCACCGCCUCUCAAUAUACUCACACCUUAUAGGGAUGAUGGGAAAGAGGGCUUGAAGUUUUACACAAACCCGUCGUACUUCUUUGACCUGUGGAGAGAGAAGAUGCUUCAGGACACUGAAGACAAGAGGAAAGAGAAGAGGAAACAGAAGUUGCAGGAUCCCCUCAUGUAUGAUCAGGUCUAUAAAUAUUUAGACCUCCCAGUGCAGCUGAAGAACAUCGACCGUCCUCAUGAGAUGGAGAAAGUCCCGCGGGCGCCACACGAUCGUAAGAAGGAGUGGCAGAAGAUGGCAUUAGGGGCGGAGCUUGCCCAAGAGGACAUGAACGACAAACACCAAGACACUAACGGCGCCGCAACAUACCAUGACGCCAGGCAAAUGUAUAUUGAUCAUCUCGAUGGGUCGUUCUCCCUAGCCGCACUGCCGUACUCUCAGAUGAACGAACUGUUGAACCGCACGGGAGACAGAACAUACGGCCGGCCGCACGAACCGCCGCCUCCACCACCAACAUACCCGCCAGAUUUCAAACCAACCUCAGUUAUCAGUUCCAGCUCAGGUUUCUCCGACAGCGUCACUCAGUCUCCAGCCCGCACGCCAGUCUUCCUCAACUCCACUGCCCCGCCCCCUGCCCCUCCCCCUUUACCCCCACCCCCUCCUCCUCUCCCCGCCAACCAAUCAGGUUUCAGAAUGCGAAGUACGGCUCCGCCUCCGAUCCCACCCUUACCUUCCCAGCAGCCCCCGGCCAUCCCCCCUCCCCCUGCCCCCCUUCAGAUUGCCCCCGGUGUCCUACACCCCGCUCCGCCUCCAGUGGCUCCACCCCUUCACUCCUCCCCCGCCCGCAUACAGCAAGACAAAGCUCCGCCCACAGAUGGAACUGUUUUGCCGCCGCCUCCCCCGCCUCCUCCCUUGCCACUCCCAGGAAACAGAAGCUCCUCCCCCUGCACAUCCUCAGGCCCACCCAUCAUGCCUUCCUUCCCAUCCGGAGCAUUCUCAUCGCCACCCACUCACUCGGGUCACGAGGUCAAGAGGUAUACCUCCAACAUGCCGCCAAUCAGCGACGCUCGCAGCGUUCUAUUGGAGGCCAUCCGUAAAGGUAUCCAGUUGAGGAAAGUCGAGGAACAGAGGGAACAGGAGGCCAAACACGAGCGCGUAGGUAAUGACGUCGCCACAAUCUUGUCGCGCCGCAUCGCUGUGGAGUACAGCGACUCCGAGGACGACUCAGAGUUUGAUGAAGUCGACUGGAUGGAAUAAGAGGGGGAUAUCAUGGGAAAAGUUUGGGAAGGAUGCAUAUGAAAUCUCAGUUAACCUUCUUCCUGAUAACAACUAUCCCAUGAACACUUGUGUCCCUCAGUUGUCGUUUUAUUCAGGACACAUCAGCAUUGCAGAUGUCUGUAUUUGAUGUUCCCAGAAUGCUUUUUAACCACAUGUAUUUCUUUUAUUCACAUUUGUCCGUCGUUCAUUCUCAAUAGGAACAACACAAUAGGUUAUUUUUAUCGUUGUGAAGUGCUGUUUGGCGCGACCUCUUUAAAUAGACAGCAGCGCCCCCUUCCAGUCACAAAAGGCAGUGGAACAAAUGUUCAUAUCACCAUCUCUUUACCUGCGGAUCACAAUGUGAUAGAUGCUUAUAUCAUCGAAACUGUUCUUCCAUUUCAAUCUCACGAAACCUGUCAAGAAAAUCCCUGGGUAAUAUUGUACACCAAAAUAAAAAAUAAGAAAUUAUAUUUUGCUUAGAAACAAUUAAAUCGAUUUCAUCAAUAUGAUGAUUGUGGCAGGGCGGAGGGCGGGGCGGGGUCAUGAUUCUGCAUACCCUAAUAAGGCUGAUUCUCUCAGUGCGACAGAGAGAGAGUUAUGGACAGCUGUCCGACACCUGUGUGUGUGUUUGUCUUUUGGGUUAAGUUUAUCAUUAAACUAUCAUUAAUAUUAUCAAGCCGGUUCUCGCCUCCUCCUUUCGAGAACCGGCUGUGUUACACUGGUGCCGAAACCCGGGAAGGAGGAGGGAUACGGCGUAGCCUGGUCCUCGGCCACUCCUCCGCCCUCUAGUGAAUGACAGCCGCACCUCCCCGGGUGGAUCGGAGAUGGUCCUACAGCCCCUGGCGGACGGAACGCCCUGCUGCGUUCCGGCGGACAGAAGGGGUCUCCCCCGCCACUGGCAGCGGUCCUUCUGCUCCAGGCGGUCGGCCAGGAACCCCUCCCCAUUUGCGGUCGGCGGUCUCAGACCCCGCCGCAUUUCAGCGGCUGGUAGGGGUCUCCUCCGCCCCUGGCAGCGGCCCUAACCGCUCCAGGAGGUUGGUUAGGAGCCCCUCCUCCCCUCAGGUGGCCGGGCUCCUCCGUCCCCAGGCGGCUGGCCGCGGCUGCUCGUGGACGGUAAUGGCGAGGACUCUACUACGGCGCAUCCCUCCUCCUUGCCACCAGUGUAACACUUUCAAUGGAAAGGAGGAGGCGAGAACCGGCUUAACAACAUAAAGAAUAUUUAAUGAUUAACUAAAACAAAAAGACAAACACAUACAGGUCAGCUGCCUGUAAUUCUCUCUCUCUUGCACUGCCGUCUCCAGUCGGCUUUAUCCCUCUCAGGCUUAAUCAGCCUAAUUAGCCCUGCCACACUGAUAAAAUAAAUAAAGUAUUUAAACAGUAUAGUAGUAUUUGUUGUACUGCCUUUAUGCUGUAGGAAAUCGGCUUAAUUGUCAUGAAAAUAAUGUUAAUGGUCCUAAAAAUACACCUAAUUUUAAAUGCAAAAUGUACUUUUUGUUUCUUUUGAUAUUUUGACCAUAGUGACCUAGACAUGUUUUCGUGAGUUCCAUCCAAAAAGCGUAUUAAAAUACUGACAUUUACCAUAAAGGUCCUGCAUAUAGAGUAAAUUGUAAUUUAUUGCAUUUCUCAAUUUAUUUUGUUUGCCAAAACAUAAGAACUGGCCUUGACGAACUUCAAAGUGAGCUUUGGGAAGCACAAAAUCUUGCUUUGUAUGUUCAAAAGAAGAGAAAAAAGUGAUACGGGCCAUCGGUUUUCAAGUUCAUUGUCUUGUCUGUUCGUGUUUGGACUGAAAGGAGUUUGUUUCUUUCUUAUGCCUUAUGGGUUUUGUAUAAAUGUUGAUGUGUUGAUGAAUGUAUUGUGCUGUUACUACUUUUGCCUGCAUUUCUCCAGCUGUUUCUAUGUUCCAGACGGGGAGGGGAUACAGACAUUAAACAUGAUUUAAAAUACUGUAUACCGUGUAAUGUAUGUAACUGUUUAAUGUAACAGUUUGCUUGAAUUAAUAAAAACUAAUGUUGAAGGUUC